UUCGGGAAGAUUCGGAGGUAACGCGACCAAUCACGAUCACUUAUAGUUUGCGAUCAGUGCAGUUGAUAAAUGGAGGAUUUGUGUUUGUCAAGGUAGUUUUGUUUACGCGUAAAUUUUCAUUCGGUAUCAACACAUCGUGCGUUUUGUGUGUGCUAAGAGGUAGAUGAAGGUGCGUAACAGUUUCCUUCGGGUUUCGUAUUAAAUUUAAAAGGAUUUAAAAUGUCUCGCAACCAUAAAGACAAGUAUGAAAACUCCAACCCACGACGUACACAUACUUUUAUGUCUACGGAGGAUGCAAACUCUGGAAAAAAAUCUUAUUGGCCAGAGUUGGAGAUAACAGGCAGUAUAAGAAAUUUAAGCCCAAAUUUAUGGCAACUAACUCAUCUAACAGCUUUGUAUCUCAAUGAUAAUAGUUUACAAAGGAUACCAUCUGAGAUUGGACGUUUAGUCAAUUUACGUGCUUUAGAUCUCAGUAGCAAUAAAUUACGCAGUUUACCAGCUGAACUGGGGGACCUCAUCUAUCUCAGAGAAUUGUUAUUAAACCAAAAUUACCUCCGAGUGUUACCAUAUGAAUUAGGAAAAUUGUUUCAAUUACAAGUGCUUGGACUUCAAGGUAAUCCACUCAGCAAGGAAAUAUUGGCGUUGUAUGGAGAACCAUCAGGGACUCACAAGCUGCUAUCAUAUAUGCUGGACAAUUUACAAGCUUUAGAACCGACCACCAGUUUUGCGUGCCACCGAUUCUUUUAUCGUCUCGGUGAAGUUUAACGAGGGGCUUUUCUUUCUCGGCGUUUUUUAACCGCGACUCGACCCGUGGAUACCUCCUUUCGAUUCUUCCGCAAGAAUCGCUUAGACGACGAUUAUUUUUGUAUCAAAGAAGAUUUGAACGUUACGUAAUUUGUUAGAUUUAAAUGUUUUAGAUUUUAAUAAUUUAAAUAGUAGAUUUAGUAAUUUUAGUUUAAUGUUAGAUUUCAAUGUUAUAUAUAAUGUAUACGUUGAAAUAAAUUGUUUAAUUGCGAUGGAGUUUUAUUUAACCCUUAUGUCCAUACCCAAAAUUUUUAACGUCGAUCAACUUUUGAUUUCAUAAUUUUUCAGUGAAAAAAAUAACAUUAGAUUUAAUAAUCCGAAUUAAUAACAGAUAUGUCAAAUAACAACGAUUUGAUUGGUUUGAAAAUCUUUUAAUGGGAAAUUUAAAGUUUAAAAUCUUAAAGU